AAGUGGAGAAGACGUAUCUCAUCAGACGCAACGAGAACAACUUGCAUCUGAGAGACGUCAGCAAUCCUUCCUGCAACCUGACGAGAUCCUCCAACAGCACCCACCUGGUGGCUGUCAUGUUGCUGAACACCUGUGGAACCAUCAUAGAGGAUGAUGGCGAAAACAUCAUCUUCAGGAACGAGAUCACGUCCGCUGACCCAAAUGAAAUAAUCUCCAGGGAUCACGAUGUUGAAAUCACCUUUUCCUGCACAUAUCCGAAACAAAACAACCUGACUCUUGGGUUCAGGCACAAGAACCCGUACGCCUUCACAGAGAGGGGCUUCGGCGCUUUCAGCUUUGAGUUUGAAUUCUUCGAGAGUCAGUUGUUCAGGACAAAAGUGGACGCCAGCACUUACCCCGUGGAGGUGAACCUCAAACAGAUGAUGUUCAUGCAGAUCGAGGCGACCAGCUCCAUCCCCAACACUGAGCUGUUUGUGGAGUCCUGCAGGGCGACUCCGUACGACAACCCAAACUCUCGCAUCAGCUACACCAUCAUCGAACACGGGUGUGCGACGGACAGCACGGUGCAGAUCUACCCCAGCCCCAAAUCUCAGUUCAGAUUUGGAAUGGAGGCUUUUGAGUUCAUCGGCGCUCAUGAUGAGGUGUACAUCACUUGUUCGGUCAUCCUCUGUCAGACUGGUAUUCCCAACACCAGGUGCUCGAAGGGAUGUAUCAGAUCCAAUUCGGGACAGAAUCGCGUGAAAAGGGAAGCUGCAUCUGAGACAUCCAGUCACUCUAUUUCCCAGGGACCUUUGCACCUGGUCAAAACCUCCGACAGCCAAGCUCCUGGCCUGAGCAUGAGUCUGGGGAUGAACAUCGUCUUCAUUGUCAGCAGCCUCCUGGUAUGUGGAGUGGCCAUCUACCUAUCAAGGAGGUCCAAAGCUAAAUACCAACUCCUGCCAACUUCUGAGGAAAACUGAAGACAGAGAAGCCAUUUAGAUUCGCUCUGAUGAUGAGAGAGAUUCUCAGCUACCGCGUAAUGUUUUUGUCACUGCCAUAGUCGAGGGUUUCACAUACGUUUCUGUGGGGUCAGGAAAACUCGACUUGCUUUGCUUGGAGGCCACUUUUGCAAAAUGACAGGAGCUCAAGGGGCCAGUCCUAGUAAACCCCAUGUUUUUCUAGGGUUUUAGGGUGUUUCUUGGAUUUCAGGUCAUUUCUAGGAUUUUGGGAUCCUCCACUGUCUCUUUUUUGAUCAACAGGCUCUAUUUUGAUGUGUAUUUUUUUUUAUUUUUUAUAUUGGACAAGUCCUGUAUGUUUCUGUAUUGAUUUUUGUUUUGAGUAAAUUGGUUGUAAGUACCGCAGCACCAUUUGUGUUUUCAAAAUAAAAUAAAUGAUAAGUGAUGGGAA